UACAUCUUGUAUAGUGAAGAUAUUCAUUCUCAUUAAUACCUUAUAUAUAUAUAUUUGUGAGUGUGUGUGUAUAUCCACUUUGCACUGGAUGACCACUGUUCAUGUUAAGAUGAUUUUGACAUUCUUAAUCAAAAGUAGGAAGGGGAUCUGUCUUGAUUGCUGAUGGACUUGAUGUUAAGGGGAUGUAUGCAUGUGUGUGCAUGUGCGUGUGCGUGUGUGUUCAUGUGUGCACAUAUGAAUGUGUUUGUAUCCUCAGUAAGUUUUGGGAUAGGUAUUCUUUACUUAAUUAAAUUUUGUAAUGAAUAUGAGUAUUUCUACCACGUAUUUUUCUCAUGUUAUGUUAAUAGAUGGUGUAUAUCUGAAAUAUGGAAGGUGUGACCAUUUAAAAAAAAUAUAUUGUUCUUUGGAAAUGACCAGGAAGGGUCAACAAUAAAAUCAUUAUAUAAAAUAGUUAUAUUCAAAUUCACUGUGAUAGAUAAUGAGUAAGAUAAUUGACAAUUUUAAGAGUAAUAUAUUGUUAGAUAAAGUUUUGCCCAAUGUAAAUGGUACUAAGGUAGUGAAAAAGAAAUUGUGACACAUGUAUGAAAUUGUGUUUCACAGAACUUAUAUGACUGAUUAUUUAGAGAAUAAAGCAAUUUAAAAUAAACCAUUAUAUAAAUGACAAUGUUGAUAAACAAAUGGAAGUCUGUGGGAUGUGAUAUGGUUUUAGGAAAAUUGAAUUGUGGAGGAAACCAGCAGUAAGGAUUUCAAAAAUAAUUUGUCAGGGGCAUAAGUUGGCAAUAGCAAAUUGAUGGUGCAAAAGUAAUUACUUCACAAAAGUUUUAAAGCAAAAUGUAACACAAACUUCUGUUUGCUCGGACAAGCACAUAUUUUAAGCAGUGUUAAAAGAUCAAUGAUUAUUUUAUUAUUGCUUUUUCUUCAGAAUCAUCCUGUUUUAAGACUCUGUUUUCAUGAUUACUUGUUUAUCUAUCUGCAUGUGUAUGUGAUCAUUUCUCUUUUUGUUUUAACUGAUCCAUAUAUAUUGCUUUUUUGCUAAAACAUUUAUUCUUGCUCAAAAGAAAUGGUAAACAGUGUGAUAUUGGUGCUUCUUCAGAAAGAAGGACAGGAAAAAAAUAACAGGAGGUUGAACUAAGGAGGAUUAACACAAAAUACAUCAGUAUUGUUAUUUUUUUAUGGAAACAUAAUAUUUGAUAGAACAAAUGUGCACAUGUACACUUGCUAGAAGAAGUAUCUUUACUUAAGAGUAGAUGAAAUCGAAACGAAGGCUAGGAGUUGAUUCAGAAAGGUUAUUACUUGUUUCAUAAUGUGUUCAAAUAGUGUUUUGGAGUUGAUUUGGUUACGGCCUCAUAUCAUGCCAGUAUUAGCAGCGGAGGCCUCAUAGACCAUUUGUAGCAUCAUAAUUACACUUUAAUGUGAGGGACUAUGAAAAGCUGAAAUAUCAAGAUCUGGUAUUUUGAAGCUAACUGUGUCUCUAUGGAUCCAGCAACACCAGGCAGCUGGAUCUACCAGAGACAAGGCCAGAAGUGGGAAGAUGAUGAUCUAGUAAAUGCCAUUCAAAUCUAUAAAUCAAUGUGCUAUAUGAAAAAUCUUGCAUUGAAGUUUAUGAAUAUCAUGGGAUAAUGAAAACCCUUUGAUACUCAGUGGCAUCACCUCUUACAGGGUUUGAGAAGGGGGCAUGGCCAGUAGUUAGUUGCCAAUUUUUUCUAGGAUAACAGCCCAAUUGUGAAGGCGCGAUUUUGUCAAUGCCCUGAGGCUAUGCUGUGGCACAUCCUCCCAAAUCGCCAGAUCUCAGUCUCAUUGAGAAAGUUUGGCCAGCCAUGGGCAGAGAGUUCUAAGAUCAUACCUGUAAUUGUCAUAUCGUCAUUGCCCAAGAAAUUAUGGCAAGGGAGCGAUUCAGCUCUGCAGACGGAUGUCAGUUAAUGUAGACUUACUAGUGUUCGCCACGCGGUAACAUGAAAUAUUAAUAUUAUUAUAUAUUUCAAAACACUUUUUAUCUAUUUAUUUAUUAUCAUUAUAAUUUUUUCCAUGUAGCCAAGUGAAUAUUUUAAACUAUCUCUGAUCUAUAUAGGUGUAAUUAGUAAAAAGAAAAAAAAUACUGUGGCCCUGGUGGGGAGGUGGGUAAAAAGUAUAGGGGUGGACAACUUCCCCUCCCCCAAAUGACACCCCAGUCAGGGAUACCAAUAUCAAGUCGGCCUCACAACACUUAUUCCAACCAUUUUCAUUGUCGUAUCAUAUUGUUAAGUCAGACUGAGUAAAGAUACUUGUUUUAGAGACUGUACAUGGAUGAUGAUAUUUAUUUUUCCUUGUAUCUUUUCUGUGACAUACCUGCUGAAAUAUGGUCCUGUAUUUUCAUUCCUUGUUACUGUAAAUCAUUCCUUAAAUGAACUCUUGUCAAAAUGAAAUAUAUUUUAGUGUUUUGCCCUUCAUAGUAGCCUAAUUGCACACCAGGUUGAAAGAAUUAUAUGUGUUUUAAACAUUCACAAUUGUGCCAGACAAGAGGUUUAUAAAUCUUUUGUGUAUUACAUUGUGAAUUUCCUUUUUAAUACCUAUUGUAAUAUAUUUUUUUUAAUGCUAUUAUGGUAACUGAUAUACUGUAUGUACUCACAAGCCAGUGGAAAUUGCUGUUUAGGGGGGAUUCCAAUCAAAUUCUUAAUAAAUCACUAGAAAUUAAAAAGGAUUUUUUAGUCCACUUUUUACAAAAUUUGCAUGAACUCAGUUAUGUACUUUAUACCCUCAUAUUUAAUUUAAUAAAAGUUCUGAGGAGGUUAGAAGUGCAUUUUUUUCAUACAAAAGAUUUUUUUAUUGUAAUAAACCACUUUGUCUUGUUAUGAUAAGUUAUAUUAAUUCUAAGACUUCUUUCAUUCAUCUUCAUAAAUGAAAAGUUUUAUCCUUGCAUAUGCUGUAUGAAUUUUUAAAGAUCUAACCCCAUUUUAGUGAAUAUUUCUAUCAGAAGUGUAGAAGGAAUGCUAGUUUUCUACCAUUAAUAGAUAGAGAGAAUAUGAAAAUUAGACUUAUCAUCAUUAGCAUUUAAUUUUUCAAGCACACCCCUGGAGUUGACAGAGUAACAGUAGUGGUAGUGUUUUCUUAAAAUUAGUAUGAUUAUAUCCCUACUAAAAAGCAUGAGAAGGGCCAAAUCAGUAUUCAGUUAGAUUAUCUAUUAUCUAUUUUAACCUCCCACGUUCAUAUUAUCCUAAGCAAAAUGGGCAUUCUCUACAGGUGGGAUCCAACUUAGAGUGUUUGAGGCCUAGCGGGAGAGGAUCAGGUGCCAAGAUGCAUCACUGUCCUCUGUGUGCCUACAGCACCGCUAAUUAUGCACACCUGAUGGACCACAUGCGAGCUCACACAGGAGAGAAGCCCUUUUCCUGUCCUCAUUGUCCUUACCGUGCAGCGCAAAAGACAAAUUUGAAGACACAUAUGCGUACUCAUACAGGGGAAAAGCCUUAUGUAUGUAGCUAUUGCCCUUACCGUGCUGCAACCAAAAGUGCAUUGAACAGGCAUCUGUUAACACAACAUGUAGGGCUGAACAGUGGUGGUCUAAGGAGAGGAGGAGGCAGUGGAACCACAGUGAACAAGAAUUCUACUGCCAAGUUGCAUCAGUGCCCCUACUGUGACUACAAUACAAAGAAAAGCACAAAUCUAGUCACUCAUUUAAGAACACAUACUGGAGAAAAGCCAUUUCCAUGUACAUAUUGUCCUCAUUCAGCAACUACUAAAGAAAGCUUAAAAAGACAUAUUCGUACACAUACUGGUGAAAAGCCAUACUUUUGUUCUCAUUGUCCAUUUAGAUCUGCUGAAAAGGGUAAUUUGAAAAAUCAUAUCUUAAUUCAUCAUGUUUAA